AUGUCGUCCACGUAUACCUCCAUAGAAAUGAAGAUCCAAGGUGUCCUAGAGGACAAAUUAAUGCUUCUGAAGGGUGUGAGUGGUGCUUUCAGGCCAGGUGUUUUGACAGCUCUGAUGGGAGUGAGUGGUGCUGGUAAAACCACUCUCAUGGAUGUACUGGCGGGUAGGAAAACUGGUGGAUAUAUUGAAGGGGACAUCAAAAUUUCGGGCUACCCCAAGAAGCAAGAAACCUUUGCCCGGAUUUCUGGAUACUGUGAGCAAAAUGACAUCCACUCCCCUCAUGUUACUGUCUAUGAGUCAUUGCUUUACUCAGCAUGGCUUCGUUUGCCACCUGAAGUCGAGUCUGAAACCAGAAAGAUGUUCAUUGAGGAAGUGAUGGAACUUGUGGAACUGACACGGUUGAGGCAAGCGCUUGUUGGGUUGCCUGGUGUGAGUGGUCUCUCAACUGAGCAGCGCAAGAGGCUAACCAUUGGAGUUGAGCUAGUAGCAAACCCCUCGAUAAUAUUCAUGGAUGAGCCAACUUCAGGGUUAGAUGCAAGAGCUGCUGCAAUCGUCAUGAGAACAGUUAGGAACACCGUGGAUACUGGAAGAACAGUUGUUUGCACCAUCCACCAGCCCAGCAUUGACAUAUUUGAAGCUUUUGAUGAGCUACUCCUACUGAAGCGCGGAGGAGAAGAAAUAUUUGUUGGGCCAUUGGGUCACCAUUCUUGCCAUCUAAUCAAGUAUUUUGAGGGAAUUGAAGGAGUAAGUAAAAUAAAAGAUGGUUAUAACCCAGCAACUUGGAUGUUGGAACUUACAACCUCAGCAGAAGAACUAGCUUUGGGGAUUGAUUUUGCCCAAGUUUACAAAAAUUCAAAACUAUUCAGGACAAACAAGAAACUUGUUAAAGACUUUAGCAAACCUGCACCUUCUUCAAAGGACCUCCAUUUUCCCACUCAAUAUUCGCAAUCAUUUCUCACCCAAUCCAUGGUUUGCUUAUGGAAACAACAUUGGUCCUAUUGGCGCAACCCGUUAUACACUGCAGUAAGACUUCUCUUUACAACUUUCAUGGCGUUGCUGUUGGGGACAAUGUUCUGGAACCUCGGCUCCCAAAUGAAAAGGCAACAAGAUCUGUUCAAUGCAAUGGGCUCCAUGUACAUUGCUGUUUUCUUCCUUGGGGUCCAAAAUGCUACAUCAGUGCAGCCUGUAGUUGCUAUUGAAAGAACAGUCUUCUACAGAGAAAAGGCUGCAGGGAUGUAUUCAGCCUUGGCAUAUGCAUUGGCACAGGUUUUGAUUGAGCUCCCAUAUAUUUUAGUACAAACUGUGGUCUAUGGAGUCAUAAUUUAUAAGAUGAUCGGGUUUGAGUUGACUCUUGUCAAAUUCUUUUGGUAUCUAUUCUUUAUGUACUUCACAUUGUUGUACUUCACAUUUUCUGGUAUGAUGAUUGUGGCUGUGUCACCAAAUCAUCACAUUGCUUCUAUUGUGACCUAUGCAUCUUAUGGACUGUGGAACCUCUUUUCAGGAUUCAUUGUCCCACGACCGAGGAUUCCUAUAUGGUGGAGAUGGUACUACUGGGCAUGUCCUGUGGCUUGGACCUUGUAUGGGUUGGUUGCUUCUCAGUUUGGAGACUUAAAUGAUACGAUCGACAAUGGACAGACAGUCAAACAAUUUUUGGGUGAUUACUUUGGUUUCAGACAUGAUUUUGUGGGAGUAGUUGCAGCAGGGCAUGUAGGGUUUACAGUGCUCUUUGGAUUCAUCUUUUCCGUUUCGGUUAUGGCGUUUAAUUUCCAAACACGAUAG